AUGGAGCCGGUUGUGUCGAUGAUGAGGUUCGAAUUGUACAGACAGAGUAUCGCUGGUCGAGCUACGCUCCGAGACGCCGAUUGUCACCACGGUGUUAGUCUUACAAGUGCCAGUCCGCAGUGCAGCAACCUCUUCACCAUCGAGGGCAAUGGAAUGCGCCACCAGGCGGGAGAACAGAUGGUGGGCACGAAAGGGAGCAACAAAGUGAGGCGCGACGUGGCAGGCUGCUACUCGGGUGGUGACCAUGAUGAACGAGUGUUUAUUCUUAGCCCCAAGUUUCAGCACAAAGGUCUUUAUAUCCAGCAAUGA